UGGGCCGCCAUUGUUUACAGUAGCUGACUUGAUGACGGCACGUGCACGCGCUGCUGGCUGAAGAUCUCCAGGGACACCACGCGCGUACGCAAAAACACAUACAAGCACGCGCAGGGGYAAAAAAAAUACACAACCACAACAAAAAAGCAGAGCAGCAGAAGAGAGAAGCUAGGAGGAAGCAGCGCUACCUGUACUGUAGGUGGGCUACAUUCGGCUCUUCCUAAAGGAGGCGAGUAGCUGCUGUCCAAYUAGAAGAAAAGAAAAAAAGGGUAAUUAGCAUCUCUUGGUACCUGAGCCGAAAAAGUUUGGGGUGAUUUUUCAGUCAGCAGACGUGAGUCCUCGUGUCUGAGUAGUAUCUUUUUAGGGUGAGGUGGAUGCGUGCAGGUACCGAGCCCCCUACGGAGCAGGAUGGUCCAGUGUCCGGUCCGCCGCUGACGCGCCUUCCCCUUCAUCCGGACCCGUUUGGACCAUGAAGGACACGGGGGGAUCCAAAGACCACCAGCUCACCGUUGCCCUGAGGAUCCGACCCCUCAGCGAUGCCGAACAGGAGGAGGGGGCCACCAUUGUGGCUCACAGAGUGGACGACCAGAUGGUGGUUCUGAUGGACCCCAUGGAGGACCCAGAUGACAUCCUGCGUGCCAACCGCUCCAGGGAGAAGACGUACAUGUUUGAUGUGGCGUUCGACUUCUCAGCCAGUCAGGAUGAGGUGUACCGAGCUACAACCAAAGAGCUAAUAGAAGGCCUGAUAUCAGGCUACAAUGCCACAGUGUUUGCCUAUGGACCCACAGGUUGUGGGAAAACGUACACCAUGUUGGGAACCGACAAGGAGCCGGGCAUCUACGUCCGCACACUGAACGAUUUGUUUCGUGCCAUCGAGGAGACCAGUGACAACAUGCUUUACAGCGUAUCUAUGUCCUAUCUGGAGAUCUAUAAUGAGAUGAUCCGGGACCUGCUGAACCCCUCCUCAGGCUUCUUAGACCUGAGAGAAGACUCUAAGGGGGUGAUUCAGGUUGCAGGCAUCACGGAGGUGUCUACCAUUAACGCCCAAGAGAUCAUGGAAUUGCUAAUGAGGGGCAACAAGCAGCGCACGCAGGAGCCAACGGCUGCUAAUCAAACGUCGUCUCGCUCCCACGCAGUGCUCCAGGUGGCCGUGAAGCAGCAGAGCCGCUGUCGUGACGUCCUGCAGGAGGUCCGCUUCGCUCGUCUGUUCAUGAUCGACCUCGCGGGCUCAGAACGAGCCGCACAGACUCAGAACAGAGGUCAGCGGCUGAAAGAAGGAGCCCACAUCAACCGCUCACUUCUGGCUUUGGGCAACUGCAUUAACGCCCUGAGUGACAAAAAUGGCAACAAGUACGUCAACUAUCGAGACAGCAAGUUGACUCGACUCCUGAAGGACUCUUUGGGUGGGAACAGCAGAACCGUAAUGAUAGCUCACAUUAGCCCCGCCUCCAUAGCUUUUGAGGAGUCUCGGAACACGCUAGCGUACGCUGACCGUGCCAAAAGCAUUCGAACACGGGUGAAGAAGAACCUGAUCAAUGUGUCAUACCACAUUGCGCAGUACACCAACAUCAUCUCCGACCUCCGCUGCGAGAUCCAGCGGCUCAAGAAGAAGAUUGCAGAGCAGGCGAGCCGCCAGCUCAGCUCCGACAGAGCAGACAUCCGCAACGUCCAGGCGGAGGUCCAAGCCCACUCCAGCCAGCAGAGCCGGGCAGAGAUGGACCAGAUAAGAGAGCAGCUUCUGGAGGCUUUCCGCCAGCAGAUGGAGAUAAGGAAGUCCCUGAUCGAGCUGGAGAACAGCAACAUGGAGAUCCAGAUCGACACCUCCAAACACCUUGUAACCAUUGCAGACUGGGAGCAGGAGCAGAGUAGGCGCAGGAGGAAGUGGCGUGCAGAGAGGAAGAAGGAAAGUGUCAACAAGGAUGAAAGUGAGAAAGAUUCCGAUUCCCCAGAGUCUCCCCCAGACAGCACAGAGACCCAGGAAGUGUCUGUGGCUCGAGAGAACCUGGUUACUCUCAUGGUCGAACAGAAAAAGCUUCAGAAACAGAAGGUGUUGCUCGAGCGCCGGUUUGUGGAGCUCCGGGACCGGGCCCGGCGCCUGGAGGAGCUGCUUCCUCGGAGGGUGAGCUCGGAGGAGCAGCGCGAGGUCCUCGGACUCCUCUGCAAGGUCCACGAGCUGGAGAUCGAGAACACGGAGAUGCAGUCCCACGCGCUGAUUAAGGACAACGUCAUCCGACAGAAGAACUUUGUGGUGCAGCGCUUUGAGCAGCACCGACACUUGUGUGAUGAGAUCAUUCAGCAGCAAAGGCAGGUCAUUGAGGACAACAGUCUGCUGGUGCCCCCGCACCUCCAGGACCUGUACGACAUGUACAUGAGGGAGCUGGAUGAGAGGAAACUAGAAAGAGCUAUGGCCCUGGAGAAGGUGACCACCAGAUACACCAUCAAGGAGGGUUCUUUACCCAAGAUCGCUCUGCCCGGUCUGGGUCGCGACUACACGCAGGAUGUGGAUUCAGACCAGGAAAGCGUGCUCAACAUGUGCGCUGAAAACAGACGAGGUCAGGCCAGGAUUCGUAGACACACGUUGCCCCCCAUUCUGCCGGAGUCUGAGCCCGACAGAGUUUUUAAGAGCAGCCCUCAUGCCAGGCAAAUAAAGAGCUCAGCUGUGAUGACCCCACCUCCAAUUCACAUCAACGGAAGGGGCAACAGAGAGCUGCAGCCUUUGGCUCCUGAAAGCUUUACGUGCUACAGCCAUCUCAGCCACAGCCUCAGCAGCCAGCUGGACUCUUCACCUGAGAGCAGCGAGGCCGGGGCUGAUUUCCCCCUUUCCCGAAACGAACGGCAGCAGAUCCUAAAAGGAGUCCAGAACAUUGUGGUCAAAGCAGCCCGUCGGCGCUCCAAAGCUCUAGAGGUGGACGCUCUGCGGUUGCCCCCGGCCCCCUCCCCGUUCGACCCGAAAAAGCAGAAAAGCAACCUUUCUUUGAACGAGGCUCCUCCUAGAGGUGUUCCGCUGCAGCGCUGCAGGCAGCCCAGCCCCGAGCUGAGACACGCCACCUCMGACGACAACCUGUCCAGCAGCACGGGGGAGGGGCCCGGCCUGCAGCAGGGGACCUGGACACGCCCUCGUCACCGCCAGGUCGUCACCAAGACCCAAACGCCUCGCGAGGUGGACUUUGAAGCUCGCCGCAAGAAGAGGCGUUCACGGUCUUUUGAGGUCACGGGUCAAGCACUGCCUCAWGCAAAAGCCACCACAGCUCAGAGGUUUCGCCCUCUGGACAGCACAUCAGACCCUCACCUCCAUAUCAACGGUCAGCCCCAGGCCCCCGUGCUGCGUCCCCAGUACAGAGGGGUCCCUCCCCUCAGCAGAGUCAGGCCCCACCACAACCCCCAGCAAACAGGCUCUCAUGCUGAAUCCUCUACAGCCAGCAUUGGUAACUUGAAGAAAACACCCCACCCCCGACAGCCCCUCCUCUACAUCACCUCCACCAGCAGCGGGGCCCAGCGCACACGCAGACACUGAGCCCGACACACUUACACCGAGGGAAAGCGUCAGCUUUGUGAGCAUCCCUGUAAAAACCAACACAGAUGGACACGACUAUGAGAGAGAAUGAGAACCAGACACACUGUGUGUCUUGAUGCCUUCACACAGGCCUCCUCUGUUUAAGUAUCACCAUCGACAGGCUCUGAGACUCACAGGUCUACAGAUCCAAAGACUGGUAGAUGUGCUGUUCAUGUUCUGUCCCAUCAAGUGUCUUCACCGUAACUUGCCACAAUGCUGAAAUACUUGUCCAAAAGUCCUGUUGAUGACUUUGAACACAACUGUACUGCUUGUUGGUUGUGACUGUAUUUUUUUAUUUAUUAUUUUUUAGUUAAUUUUCAUUGCUUGUUAUAAAAAGCCUCAAACUAAAUGAAUUUAAUAGACGUAUGGGACUCCAACUUUAUGCUGAAAAUGUAAAUAAGAAUCAAGAAAAAAGUCUGGCUUUAUGUGUCGAAAGAUAAGGAGAAAAUACCAUUCAUUAAGCUACGCCCUACUGUCAGCAACAAUGUUUGAAACUUGUGGAAGCUCCUUCCUACCCCUGUACACCCCACAUCUUUGCCCCCCCCCCCCCCAAAAAAAAAAAAAGAAACCCUCAAAUGUUAAACACCACACCGUGUUUUUUAUUUAUUUAUUUUUUCCCAGAUUAGUUACUCCAGUUUUUAAUGACUUAUUUAACUGUGACCUUUUUCUUUUUAUGAUAUUGACAUGGUUUUCAUAAUGGCUACUUUCUAUUCUUCAUUUUGUACGCUUUAUUUUUUAAUUUGUACGAAAAUAAAUUUUAUUGGAUUGUGUAAAA